GGCACCAUCUAUCAUAUGGUCAAGACAAAUAAAGUUGGGUCCAAGGUCGCAGUUUCAGCACAGAAAGGGGCUGAGACUACGAACGAAACCCCUCAUCAGGGACACGGGUAUGUUCCUCCCUCCAGCCCGCGGAGUGGCGCAGCCUCCAUCAAGACUUCACCCCCUCGAAGAUCAGAAGCUGGGCAUCCCACCAUCUUCUAUUCAACACCAGACCACCCACGAUCUAGCUCUACCCAAACUGGGCCUGGCCUCUCUGGAGCACCCAGCUCUCGGAUGGAGACCCGGUCAAAAUCUGAAGCAUACCACCACAUCCCUCUUCCUCAAAAGAUGCAGCAAGCCCAGGGGUCAGCUCCCUUUGAUGUCCAGGUGCCGCGGAACGUUAGUCCAUCCAGAGAGGAAUCGACUAGGAGAAGGGGUGAGAGCAAGCCAGGGCGUGAUGCCAGCAAUCGCUACUCCGUAUUUUCAGAUGCCAAAUCGUCUCGCCGGUUGAGUUUUGUAGACCAGAAGGAUAACUUGACAAUUUUAGAAGAUGACCCACCCUCCAAGGUCCAGUGUCCCCAAGGAGUUAGAGGUCCCCGUAGGGGUUUGGUUUACCCGAAGGAUGCUGCAGUCCAAACCGAGCCCAUUCAAAAGAGUUCCACUGCUGCUGGUACCAGAAAUCCAAGGAGACCCCCCAGUCCAGAAUACAGCAGCAGCCGCGGCCGUACAGACUAUCGAACAACCCAGAGAAGAUUCCCUUGCCAAGAGUCGGAAAUGAGCCGUCAAAACUCCAUUUAUACAGAACCCAAGGCCUUGCAUAGAAAUAGGAACUUGGAAUCCUCCCUCACACUCUCCGUCCUUAAAGAUUUCGAUGCCGGGUUCAGAGUUUCUACGCGCCCGGAGCCUGAGUCUAUCCACAGGCAUUCUGCCUACCCCAAAACCAAACCCUCCCCAAAGGUCUUAAUGUCAUCAAAACUGGAGGCCAACAUGAAGUCCUCAAUCCGAGGAGACACUGAGGUUGGCCGCAAGGUCACCAUUUCCUCUGGGAGACAGACAGUGCAGUUGCCUUCCCAUGUGACGUCUCGAGCAGUGUCUGAGAGCCCCCACAGAUCGUCUGUGUCUGCCACUCCGGAGCCCACCUAUAAGCAGCACACCAAAAAAUCCUCAGGAAAUGUCUUUAGGUCCCCAGGAUCCACAUCCAGGUGUUCAGAGCCCUCCGGAAAGCCCUCUGUCCAUGCAGAACUGGAACUGACCCCUCGGCCCUUACCCCCUCGGUCCUUACCUAGGUAUGGGCCUGACUGUUCAUGGUGGGCCUUACUCAACCCUGAAAUUGAAAUGCCUCAAAGCUGGUCAACAACACCUGAUUUCGAGCCUAAGUCCCCUUCUCCCCUAGACCCUUCACUGCCCUUUUUUGAAAUGGACUCAAGCCCUUUCUGUGAGGAUCUGAUGUUCCAGAGAGGGAAGGCAAGUCCAUCACCGCCACCAGCACCGGCAGCAUCACCAUCACCACCACCACCACCGCCGCCUCUGCCAAAGGAGUCUCCAAGCCGGGCACCAUCAAGGGAUGUGCCACAGGCCUCCAAGCACGCCUCCAAACAGCCCAUUCAAAGGUUUAGUGCUUUCUUCUUGGAUGUCUCUGAGGAAAUGUACAAUCGUGUCAUCUGGUGGCUAAAAGAUGAGGAGAUCAAGCGCUUUCUGGAGGACUCGGAUAACCCAGAACUGAACAAGUUCGUGAAGGAUUUCCCAGGAAGCGAGAGCUACCACCAACCAGAGGCCAAGACCUGGGUGUCCAGGCCCCAAAUCCUGGAGCCAAGGCCCCAGGCCUCGGACCUCUGCCAGGAUGACCUGGAGUUCAGACCCCCUUCAUGGCCCCAGCCCUCUGACAGCCAGCAGUUCUUCUCUGCCUCAGCCCCCCUCAGCCCCUCAGCCCGGCCCCGCAGCCCGUGGGGAAAGCUCGAUCCCUAUGACUCCUCUGAGGAUGACAAGGAGUAUGUGGGCUUUGCGACCCUCCCCAAUCAAGUCCACCGAAAAUCCGUGAAGAAAGGCUUUGACUUUACCCUCAUGGUGGCAGGAGAGUCUGGCCUGGGGAAAUCCACUCUCAUCAACAGCCUCUUCCUCACUGAUCUAUACCGGGACCGGAAACUCCUGAGUGCUGAAGAGCGGAUCAUGCAAACGGUGGAGAUCACUAAGCAUGCAGUGGACAUAGAGGAGAAGGGCGUGAAGCUGCGGCUCACCAUUGUGGACACACCAGGUUUUGGGGAUGCCGUUAACAACACAGAGUGCUGGAAGCCUGUGGCAGAAUACAUCGACCAGCAGUUUGAGCAGUAUUUCCGAGAUGAAAGUGGCCUGAACCGCAAGAACAUCCAAGACAACAGGGUGCACUGCUGCCUGUACUUCAUCUCGCCCUUCGGCCACGGGCUCCGGCCACUGGAUGUUGAAUUUAUGAAGGCCCUGCAUCAGCGGGUCAACAUCGUGCCUAUCUUGGCAAAGGCGGACACACUGACACCUCCUGAAGUGGAGCACAAGAAACGCAAAAUCCGGGAGGAGAUUGAGCACUUUGGAAUCAAGGUCUACCAGUUCCCAGACUGUGACUCUGAUGAGGAUGAGGACUUCAAAUUACAGGACCAAGCCCUAAAGGAAAGCAUCCCAUUUGCCGUCAUUGGCAGCAACACCGUGGUAGAGGCCAGAGGGCGGCGAGUUCGAGGCCGGCUCUACCCCUGGGGCAUCGUGGAAGUGGAAAAUCCAGGGCACUGCGACUUUGUGAAGCUGAGGACAAUGCUGGUGCGUACUCACAUGCAGGACCUGAAGGAUGUGACACGGGAGACACAUUACGAGAACUACCGGGCACAGUGCAUCCAGAGCAUGACCCGCCUGGUGGUGAAAGAACGGAAUCGCAACAAACUGACCCGAGAGAGUGGUACCGACUUCCCCAUCCCUGCUGUUCCACCAGGGACAGAUCCAGAAACGGAGAGGCUGAUCCGAGAGAAAGAUGAGGAGCUGCGGCGGAUGCAGGAGAUGCUGCACAAAAUCCAAAGACAGAUGAAGGAGACCCAUUAGCUGGCUUUCAGCCUUGAAUAUUUAAAUCACCGCCUCUUCCUCCUGCUAUGCCGGCCCCUCCCAGCACCAGCUCUACUCAGGCCUCUGCAGCUACUGCCACUUGACCUUACAUCCCUGCUGCCUCCCCAGAGACUCAGAAGAAAUAAAGUUUAACAAAUCUA